UGCAAAUGCCCCUCAGGCAAAGGACAUCUGCCCUGUAAUCCCCUCCCCUGAGAGACAGCUGGUGACCAUCCUGUGAGGGAUGGACCUUUUCAGGAUCCCUGCUUCCUCAGCCACACCCUGCCACAUUCCUUCUGGCAAUAUGGCUUAAUGUCACAGGGGGCAAGGGCAGGGUGUGGUCACCGCGGGCACUGGGAGGGACAUGGAGCCUUUUACAGCAGGGAUGAAAUUCUCCACUGAUUUAAGCUCAGAAAGCUUGUACCAAACCUGAUACCCUGUGUCUCAACCUUGCUCAAGAUCUGGCCUCCCCCGCCUCCGACAUCACACAGGCAUGCAGGGGGCCUGGGUGCUGCUGCUGCUGCUGGGGCUGGGGCUUCGGCUCUCCCUUGGUGUCAUCCCAGUUGAGGAAGAAGACCCAGCCUUCUGGAACCGCCAGGCAGCCCAGGCCCUGGACGCCGCUAAGAAGCUGCAACCCAUCCAGACGGCCGCCAAGAAUCUCAUUAUCUUCUUGGGGGAUGGGAUGGGGGUGUCCACGGUGACAGCCACUCGGAUCCUGAAGGGGCAGAUGAGUGGCAAGCCUGGACCUGAGACACCCCUGGUCAUGGACCAAUUCCCGUACCUGGCUCUGUCCAAGACUUACAACGUGGACAAGCAUGUGCCAGACAGCGCUGGCACGGCUACCGCCUACCUGUGCGGGGUCAAGGGCAACAUGAAGACCAUUGGUGUAAGUGCAGCUGCCCGCUACAACCAGUGCAACACGACACGUGGCAAUGAGGUCACCUCUGUGAUGAACCGGGCCAAGAAAGCAGGGAAGUCCGUGGGAAUCGUGACCACCACAAGGGUGCAGCAUGCCUCUCCAGCCGGCACCUACGCACACACAGUGAACCGCAACUGGUACUCAGAUGCCGACCUGUCUGCUGAUGCGAAGACGCAGGGCUGCCAGGACAUCGCCACGCAGCUCAUCAACAACAUGGACAUUGAUGUGAUCCUGGGUGGAGGCCGAAAAUACAUGUUUCCUGAGGGGACCCCAGACCCUGAGUACCCACAGGAUGACAGUCGGAACGGAGUCCGGAAGGAUAAGCGAAACCUGGUGCAGGAGUGGCAGGCCAAGCACCAGGGUGCCCAGUAUGUGUGGAACCGCACAGCACUCAUGCAGGCGUCCAAUGACUCCAGUGUAACACAUCUCAUGGGCCUCUUUGAGCCUGCAGACAUGAAAUAUGAGGUCCAGCGAGACUUCACCAAGGACCCAUCCCUGGCAGAGAUGACGGAGGCAGCCCUGCGCCUGCUGAGCAGGAACCCCCGUGGCUUCUACCUCUUCGUAGAGGGAGGCCGCAUUGACCAUGGUCACCAUGAAAACGUAGCUUAUAGGGCACUGACGGAGGCUAUCGAGUUCGACAAUGCCAUUGACAAGACCAGCCAGCUCACAAGCGAAAAUGACACACUGACCCUUGUCACCGCUGACCACUCUCACGUCUUCACUUACGGUGGCUAUCCACUGCGGGGGAGCUCAGUUGUCGGGCUGGCAGAUGGCAAGGCCUCUGAUGGCAAGUCCUACACAUCCAUCCUUUACGGCAAUGGCCCUGGGUACCAGCUCAGCGGGGGCGCAAGGCCGGAUGUCGACAAAAGCGAGAGCAGGGACCCCACGUACCGGCAGCAGGCGGCCGUGCCCCUGUCCAGCGAGACCCACGGCGGCGAGGACGUGGCGGUGUUCGCGCGCGGCCCGCAGGCGCACCUGGUGCACGGCGUGCAGGAGCAGAGCUUCGUGGCGCACGUCAUGGCCUUCGCCGCCUGCAUCGAGCCCUACACCGACUGCAGCCUGCCGACCCCCGCCAGCCCCACCGCCGCCGUGCAGACGCCCGCCAGCCCCACCGCCGCCGCGCACCCGGGGCCGGCCGUCUGCCCUCCCUCCCUGGCGCUGCUGGGCGGGGCGCUGCUGCUGCUGCCCGCCCUGCACUGACGUCCUAACGGAACUGCCACCUCAGAGUUCCCACCCGGAGCGCCAUCCCAGCCACCACCCACUGAGGCCACACUUGAACCCUCUGCCAGGCAUCCAAUGCCGACCAAUAAAGGGGCCUCAUCCUGAAGCCUCUAGGUGGCGCUGGACCUCCCUGGAGGCUGAGGCCAUGAUUUUCCUGUGACAACCAUGGUCCUCCUGGAUUUUGUGCUGUCACCCUGCACCCCUAGAAGAGAGGCCACUCAGACCAUGCAGACCCUCCCUCCUGCCCCCCAACCCACCCAUCACCCUGCCUGAGGGCCAGGGGGGCCCAGUUCCACCGGUGUCCCUAACCCUCUACAAUUCUCCAGGCCCCUUUAGGUGGGCCUGGAGGGGAGCGCUUCGUGUCUUCUUGGAACUGCCCCUGCAGGCACCUUGCUGGCCAAGGAGGCUGCUGGGGUCAGGCUGCCCAGAGAGACUUUAACAGAGAGUCCUCAACUGCCCCUGCUAGAAACCCAGUGGUACCAUUACAGAGAAGGGUAACACAGAAGGGAGAGGCAACUGUCCCAAGUCACUCAGCUACUGUUAUGGUGGCCCUCACAGUGCCCAUUCCAGGCUGGGAGAUCCAAGGAGCAGCCAUGGAGCUGUGGGUCAGGGCAGAUUCCCUGCCCUCCUGGGAGGGAGAACGCAGUCAUCAAAUAAACUGUUACACAGUGCGAUGCCAGUAGUGCUAUGUUCUAGAAAGAAAAAUCCUUAGUGAGUAGGGGCACAGUGUGUGUCUGUGGGAAAAGUGGGGGAUAAUUCGGAGCAGGAGGUCAGGGGGGGCUGCCUGAGGAGCAGAACCCUGAGCAGAGACCCAAGGAAGUGAGAGCUUGAGCAACGCAGAAGGAACAGCAGUGCAAGGGCCCUGAGGCAGCGUCAGCAAAUGCAGCUGGAGGCCAGGAGCUGGAUCAGAGCUGGGGGGACUGGGGCAGGUGGAGCAGGUGAAAGCCCCUGAGGGAUGAGGAGGGCUGCGGGCAGAUGGGGGAGGAGGUUGAACCUUAUCCAGAGUGUGGUGUGUGCUGGGAAGGCUUUGAGCAGAGGCCUAACAGGACCUGACUCUGAGCACAUUCUGCUGGCUACUGAGGGGAGAAGAGUCUGUUCUGUCUGUUUUUGAUGUGCUAGGGGGAUGGGUGGAGCUGAGAAACCAGAGAGGAAGUGCUGACUCCAGACAUUUCUGACCUCUGUCUGAAGACAUUCUGGAGCAUCCACUCUAAUGUAACUAUACUUAGUGAGGAUCUAACCCACCCAAAGGGAACAUUUCAGAGAAUUAUAUAAAGGUGAAGCGAGCCAUGUUUCCCAAUAAAUUUUACAAAAUGACAAAAUU